AUGCACAGCUCCAGUCGCAAGCGCUCCUUCGACGCCGACACCGACAGUCGCCACAGCAGCCACAAGCGCUCGCGUGGAGACGACCGCGCUCGUCCCGUCCCUCGCCGUACCGACCGCGUGCAGGAAAGCGAUGGCGCCCGCGCCUGGCGAUUGGCCAAAAAGGCCAUCGUCGAGCUCGGCGACGCCGACUCCCGUCCCAGCAGUCGCGACGUCUCGACGACGACGACGCAGCAGCAAUUGCUGCACACGCGCGACCUGCUGCUGCAGGAGGUGGAGGCCGACGCGCAAGGCGUGAAGCUCGGGCACCUCGUGACGCUCGUGCUGCGCGCGGCCGCGCGUGUGGCGCACAAAACCGCGCUCUAUGCGACACUUGUCGCCUUGCUCAAUGCUCGGCACCCAGGGUUCGGGCAAGCUCUUGUUGCCGGUGCAACGCGCGCGCUGGAGUUGGACCUGGCCUUUUUCUGUCGUGCGACCCGCGCGCACAGAGCCGAGGCCGUGGACAUGGACGGGUUCCGUCGGAACAACGACAGGACAGCUGUAGCCAUUCGAGUGCGGCUCCUUGUGCGGUUUUUGGCUGCUCUUAGUGCUGUUAACGUGUGCGCUGUGGACAAUGUGCUGGAGCUGCUGGACGCGAUCCAGCGGCCGUGCACGGCCCUGGCGGAUGGAGAUCGAGAAGAGGACGAGGACGAGGCAGCGACGGGUGGAUUGAUGACGAUGUCGUCCGUACGGGCGAAGGAAGAUGCAGCCGCGUGGAAGGACUUCUUCGCUCUGGUUGUGCUGGAUGCUUUGCUGCAUGGCGGGCACGCUCUCGUGCGGGCGUCUAGGCGCGCAGGGCAGACGCUCUGGAGUCGAUGCAAAGAGUACGUGCUAUAUCGCGGCGGAGAGAGCAAUUUACGGACAUCAAGUGCAGGCUCGUUGUCGUGGCGUUCGAGACGGUUGCAGAUGGACUUGCUGUGGGGACCCGAGGACGACGACGAGCUGCCAGCGCUCUGUGCUUCGAGUGACGUGUUGUCGCUGGUUUAUGAAGCACUGAGUGCUGUUCAGAGUGCUGAGGGAGAGGACAAGGCGGUUGUGGAACACUUUUCCGGUGUAGAGUAUUCGCUGGACGAUUUCGCGUCGAAACUUGAGAACGCUGAGGUGCAUUCUUUCACUGUGUCACUGGCUAUUGACUUGUUAAAGCUUGACUCGAACAUGAUCCCAGCGUACACGGCGUGGUUCCGGAUCCUGACGGAGGAAUCUGGCGUCGCUGGUGCUGCUGUUGCGACGAUGCCGCUGGCAUCAUACCUGAUCCUUCGCAGCCAUGUAACGGAUACACUUGAGACGUCGUACCCGAAGCCCGCCAUUGCAGCCAAACUGCUGCUGGAUCUGUGCCGCACGCAAAAUGCCCGGUUUGCGGCAUCUGUAGCAGAAGGGGCUAGUCCCGUGAAGACGGAGUAUUUGCUUGUGGAGACCUUGUUGGUGGCGGCUUUGAGCGAGAGCACAAAUGCCAAGCUUGCCUACUACUGUUCGAUGUUGUACCACCUUGUGAAGACGGAUCCUAGUAUGGUGUCUCCAGCAUUGGCUGUAGUGGUCGAGCUGCUGUUUCGUCAAGUGCCGAUGAUGCGUGCUGCCGCCGUUGAUUCGUUCGUGCUGCUCUUGAGUCACUUUCUCUCGAACUUUGAGUUCAAGUGGCGCUGGACUGCAUGGUCGUAUGUGCUGGAAGCCAGUGAGGACGAUCCGCAGCGUCUUUUUGUUAGCGCUGUUAUUGAACGCUGUGUGCGUCUUUCGUACCUGCAGCAUAUGCAGAGCACCCUUCCCGCCGAGUUCCACGUGCUUUUGCCUCCAGCUCCCAAGCCCCGUAUUCGCUUUCAUGCCGCAAAAGAGGAGGAUGUGACAGUUUGUGCUAUGGCUGAUGAAACCAGCCCCGCGUCAGAGUUUUACCAGUCGGUGACAACAAAGCUGAAAGGUCAUCCGCCUGUUGCUGCUCUGCACUCAUGGCUUAACGAAGAGCUCCCACGUCUGGAGAUAUCGCGCACAGAAGCAAUCGAAGUAGUGUGGACGUGCAUCUUAGAGGCUGGUGCGGCCACAUUCACACACAUGCGGCUGCUGCUGGAAAAGUAUGGCAAGCGCGGCGAGCUCUUGGGCAUUUCGUACCAGCUGGGUGAAGAUGUGACUGCUGAUGAACUCGCUUUGGUCAAGACCGUAGCUUCGGUGUGGUUAAAGUCGCCGCAGCAUAUCGGUCUGAUUUUGAACGCUAUGCUGCGUCUAGAGCUCUUUCGUCCAGUUGCAAUCGUGACAUGGGUCUUCACCCCUGAUGCUGUGCAGCAGUACAGCUGGCCGUACGUGUGGGAGAUUCUCCGCGACACACUGAAGUUCGUCCAGGAUGCUAUUGACGCCAAGACGCAAAAGAUGGGGCAGGCUGCAGUACCGAGAUCAUCGGAAGACCGUGACGAAGAAAUGCUCGAUGUCGCAACGCUUGAGGACGACCGGAAGCGCUUGCAGGAAGAGAUGCGGCAGCUGCUUUUAUUAUUGUUCAAAGGCUUUAAUCGAGUGCUGACAGAGCACAAAGCGGAGUGUGAAGGGGAGGACUCUGAUCCCCAUGACAACUGGUUUCAUAGUACGCUUGCGCAGAUGCGAGCCAUAGGCCACCGUUACCGUGUGCCGCUUGAAGGUGCUCUUGACGAGCUGCAGCUUGGGAUUUUUAGUACGAGCGCCUCGGCAGAUGCGGACGCCAUCAAACUCUUUCAGCUCAUUCGUGAUACGUACCGCAGUGCUUAG